CAUAGCAGUACGUUACACUGGUGGCAGCGGAUAAAAAUGCAUUUCGACUCAGCCAUGGACUUGACAUGUUUGGAAUCAACCCCAAAGAGAUCUUCUAACCCGUUUAGAGCACGUUCGACCGGAUUUUCAGCAAGUGACAUCAUUCCGUUCAGCCCGAAUCAUGACGAAAUCUCGUUCAAGAACACAUGUGCACCUCGAUCACCGGGAGAGGAAUUUGUGAACAGCCUACUAAAUACGUUCCCGAAUCAAAAAAACCAUUUAAGCCAGAUGAAGCCGACGGAAAUAAUCACACGUCGAGCGAAUCGUCGCGCGCAUCAAAGUCUACUUCAGGAUUCAGAAAACCCGUAAAAUUGCCAGACGAUUACAACGGCAAGACUUCACUGAGAGAUUACCUGCGACAUUUCAAUCCAUGUGCUGUAGUUAAUGAUUGGAGCCCUGAAGAAUCUGCAGUAUUUUUAUCGGCCGCCUUGCGUGGAGAUGCUCAAAAGAUCCUACAUGGCAUGUCUGACAAUGACUGUCGAGUUUACAACAAGUUGGUCUCUCGACUGGAAUCGUGCUUCGGCAGAGAGACACAACAAGAACUGCACCAAGCCCGAUUGCUAAAUGGACUAAAAUUAGAGAGAGGAAGCCUAAGAAGUUUGGCCGCUGAUAUUCGUGAUGCCUGUAGUCUAGCCUACCAAGACCUUCCCCCACAGGCACAAGAGAGAUUUUGUAUUCAGCAUUUCAUUGAUGCUAUUGGCGACCGUGAUGACCGCAUGAGGCUGAGAAGAGAAAAACCACGUAGCUUAGACGAAGCACUUUUAACAGCGUGCAAAUUAGAAGCCUUCAUAGUACUCGAAACUAGUAAAAGCAAGCAAUGGAACAUGAGAUCUCUCUCUACCGAGAAAGAAAACAAUAUGGCCGCCGGGGCACAGGCCACCCAACAAGAUCUUCAAGAAAAGUUCGAGGAAUUAGAACGACAGCGAGAGGCACAAUUUAGUACCUUGUUCGGUCAGAAUGAAAAAAUUCUGAAAGAUACCACAGACAAACAAGAUCAUCUUUCCCAAUCUAGUCGUAACCAACAACAAUCGACUCCAGGACAACCCUAUCGAGAACAGGCUGAAUGUUGGUAUUGCAAGGAAAAGGGACACCUUCGUCGUGAUUGCAGUUUAUGGAAACAACGGCAGGGAAACGAGAGGAAGGCACCCUCGAAUGACCAGAGAAGUGCAUAACUGCUGAUGAAGGGCAAAAAGAGAACCUAAACUAUAGUUCGGCACACAAUGAUUGUUUACGAAGCUCAUCACUGCGACUUCAUGGGAGGUAUGUAAACGGAGUUGUUGAAAACAUGUGUGUUAAUUGGCUUUUGAUACAGGAGCAGCUAAGAGUAUUCUGUCUAGGAACGUUGCAGAACAAUUGUUUGAUGAUUUUACUUGUUACUACAUGGGUGCGGGACAAAGUCAGGAUAAUUGUCUCGCUAACGGUAAGAAAACUGACAUUCAUGGUUCAAGUCUGAUUACUGUUACGAUAGGAAAACAAGUAUUUCACGUUAAUGUGCUCAUAGUGGACAUCACAGACGAAGCCAUCUUAGGAAUGGAUGCUCUCUCGCAGGUAAAUGCGGUGGUUGAUGUUAUUCAAGAAACAUUGCCUGUUAAUGGCGAAACUGUGGACUGUAUUGAUCAUGAUAGUCAACCCUUGAGUUGCAGAUGUUUAGUGCGUCGUAUGACUGGUCCCACCAAAUUCAGAAGUUAUCAUCAACGGCCAUUUGAGGCAUCGUAAACAAUCUUAUUGCCAUGAGACCUUGACAUCUAACCUACGUAUCCUGGAACCAAGUAACAAUCCUCAUCUACUUGGAAAGGGACUCUGUAUAGCGCGCACUCUAGUUGACAUUGAAAUGUCAAAUACUGUUCCAAUACGAGUACUUAUCCUCACUGAUGAACCUUAAACUAUAACAGCAAACACAAUUAUUGCCAUUGCAAAACCGGUACAAAGUGUGUAGGUUUUUGAUUCGUCAGACAAUUGUAAUGACGAUAGCAUAAGCACAGACUGUGAUGCCCAAGGUGAUGUUCCAGAGCUUCUAAGCACUAAGUGCCAGGAAGCGUUUGAAAGGGUGAAGGAACUUUCAAAAUAAUCACCAAUUCUUGCCUAUUCGCAAGGCGAUGCGCCAUUAAUUUUGGACACUGACGCUUCCAACCACGGUAUUGGUGCGAUACUUUCAUUGAUCCACGACGGAGUAGAAAGGCCCAUAGUCUACUGUAGUAGGACACUUUCCUAGUCGGAAAGAAAUUAUUGUACAACUCGUAAAGAACUGUUAGCUAUCGUGGAAUUUGCGAUGGAACAAAAACACUAUUUACAAAACAGGAAGUUCACAAUCCGUACAGACCGUGGCCCACUACAAUCAAUCUUGAAGACCAAGGAGCCUGAAGGACGGCUUGCAAGACGGAGGAAGCAUGUGAGGAAAUGCCCCCCAAACAUCAAACCACAGCUCGUACCAUUAAGAUAGAGCCUGAGUGGUCCACAAGGUACUUGGAAGAGCAACUGCUGCAGGAUACUACGCUUAAGAACUUUAUAGAAAUGAAGAAAUCUUCCAAGGAACGCCCUGUAUGGGAAGACAUCGCACCUGAAGGUCCUGUCUUGAAGACCCUGUGGACACAAUGGGAUCGUAUGGAAGUAAGGGAUGGUGUUCUAUACCGAAGAUGAGAAAGUGACAAGGGCGACAGGAUAGUAUAUCAGAUUGUUCUGCCAAGUAGUCUUUGAAACACGGCAUUGCAAGCCCACCAUGAUCACUCUACGGCAAGCCAUAGGGGCUUAUAAAGGACAUUACACUCCUUGCGGCUUCGCUAUUACUGGCCAGGUCUGACCUCCCAGACUUACAGAUGGGUAUCGAGAUGCACUGAGUGUGCAGCAAAGAAAAACUACGGAAGAAAGCGCCGAGCACCUCUUCA